AUGAUUUUCUUUGGAGAGACUGAACUUGCAGAUGCCACUACUCUUCAUUUCAAGGGCAACUAUUUGAAUUUCUCCAAAGAAAGUUCAUCCAGCGAAGCGACGUAUCAAAUAUUGAGCUUGAGAAAAUGUGUAGAAUUAUUUGGAGAUCAUAUGAAAGACCACAACCUUGUUUGGUUGUUACUUCAAAUAGUAAUGACUAAAAGAACAAGAUUUGAUGGUGAUCCAUUGCUCAUUCGUGAAUUUAUCAAGCUCGUGAGCGAGUUGAGGUACAAAAAUUUUGCAACAUGGCAUCCAUUUGAGGAGAACUUGCUUCAAUCGCAUACACAUAUGAUUCAGUUGCGAUUAAGGGAAGCUCUUGUCGAGCAAGAUAUUCAAAUAGAACAAUCUUCCAUGAGCUUUGUCAAAGAGAUGGACACCUGGUUCAAGGAGACCGCAAUCAACUAUCACAAUCCAGAUGAAAAUACUUUGAAAAAUAUUUUCUUAUUAUCUAACUAUUUAAUAAGACCACUUGGGCAAAGCAUGUACAAUUAUCUCAUGUCAAACUCUGAAGAUGAACCUGUAAGAACGAUUCCCCACGAUGCAACUGAUAUACAUUAUGAGUUUACAGGAAAAAGAAAACCCUUGAGCGUGAACCUUAUUCUUGUUAUUUCUGUUAUGGCAAGAAGAAAAUUGUUUGGCUCUAUAUUAGAGUUGUUGCGCUCCAAGCAGAUAAAGAAUGUAAAUAGCAAUGAGCAUUUCCCCCCAGGAAUAAUUGAAACCCUUGCUAGAGCAUUGUAUUGCACUCCAGUGAACUUGAAUGAAACAUUGGGAGAGCUCAAGAUUAACAAUUUUUUAAUUGUAGAGUUGUUAAACUUUAGACUGAUCAGAUUACUGAAAUAUUGCUCACCAGAGAACUUUUUCACUCUAUUUAUGACUCUGCAUACUCAAGUAGGAUCUUCUAAGGAAAGUGGAUCUCACAGAUUAUUUUUAAUUCUAGAAAAUUUGGGUGUCAAAAUGACAACCUAUCUACUGAACGACUUUAAACGCAUGGAAAAGCUUGUGGAUAAGCAUUUAGGCGAAAAUACGAGUAUUUCAGAGACUUUAAAGAGAAAUUUGUUAUUCUCGUUCAUUCGAAACUUUAAGCUUUCGUGGAAGCAAGACAAACAUGAAAAAACUCUUCGGGUGUCCUGCUUCAACAAGAUUGUAUCACACUGUAUGAAAGUUAUGGAGGAUUUUGGAAAACUCAACAGCAAACAUCGGCUCUAUCCUGAACUCGUAAAGAAGAUGGUGGAUCACUUUCUUUCCAAAAAGACUGAACAAACAGAAAGCCCUCCAUAUGAUAAGGACACUAUAUCAAAAAUUGAAAAGCAAUUGGACGCCAAAAAUCUUCAAGAAAUCGUUCAAGAAAACAAUAGAAAUCUAUUGUGUGCUAUAUGGUCUCGAAUGUACAACUUACUGCCAAAGCAGCCAAGCAAUGAGGAGGUGAAGUUUUGGAAAAAGGUGUUACUUGAGACUCAUACACCAAAAGAAUUGGUCAACAAUAUUUAUCGAUUUGUGGAUUACAUUUUAGAUGAAUAUUUGGUAGAAGGUGAAAAUAACACUGGUGAGACAAUUUAUCUCGUUAUGCAACGUGUCUCUCAACACUUGGCUAAGUUUGUUUGGACUUAUGAAUUUGUUCCAAUAGAAAUAAUGACAUUGGCAUUAAUGGAUAGAUCAAAGGCUAAAAACACUUCCUUGGGAACUCCAAAUAGUAAUAUUGAACACAUAUAUGCCCAUUCCGUAUUGCUUUCAAUUUUGAUUACUGACGAAAUAUGUCUUGCAAAGCGUGCGAAUUGCUUUUUACGCCAUAACAAGCAUCCAAACCAUUUCGAAGAUCCAGACUAUUUUGAUUCUCAUCAGAAAUAUCAUGCAGAAUUUCCUGAAACAUUUGGUGCAUCCUCUCUCAGUGAAUCCCAGUCCAGGCCUUGCUAUUAUGGAAAUGAAUGCCUUCGAAUGAUUCCUAUACUUGACUUGUUUUGCAGAAGAUUGUGUGAACUUCAACUGUUUGAUACUCUUCAAACCGUUCUAGAGACUUAUGGCGAUUUAUUUCUUUAUCAUGAAUUCCUUCUCACAUUCGUAAAGGAUAUUUUAUUUACUUUCCAUCAUGAGAUUACAAUGGAUUGCAAGAAACUUCUCUUCAAUAUUGUACGAAAAAGCGAAGAUUACACUCUACGAGACAUGAAUGCUUCAUUUUCCAAGACUGCAAAAGAUUACUUUUUACUUCAACCGUCAGAAGCGAUGACCCCCAACACAUCACAAUCAGAUAUCUUUGACAGAACAUAUUUUUUGAAAUUAAUUACAUGUGUUUCUGAAGUUCUUCCGACCAUUCAAGAAUCCAGAGCCAAUCAUACAUACAUCACACCAAAGCACGUUUUUUAUGAAUUUACUACUACUUUUGAAUUGAGAUUGAAUGCCUGUGUGAUUGAAAUUCUUUGUCUUCCUCUCGGGCUAACAGAUAUUGUCAAAAAAUUAAUCGAAUGCUUGAUAGAAAAUAUGGAUCUCCUACCAAGACCACAACUCUACAAAUUAUCACACACGAUUGGACUCAUCUUGGCAUCUUUGCCACCAACAUGCGGAGACUAUGUGUUCGCCAUUCUGGCAGAAUUUUUAUCAAAGAAUCCUCAUUUACUUUUAAUUAAUGAUUUGGAAAAUAAGCACGAACUACAAUCGAUCAAGUCUCCUGCAGAAUGUAUGCUAUGUAUUCUACAUAAUUAUUUACACACUGCCACCAACGAAGCAUUUUCGUGUUUCAAAAAGUUCUUAAAGCAACGUAGAAAGAGUGAAAAAUGUAAAAUUGAAACACGAGAACAAUUUUACUUUUUAUGCAGAGUCAUUGGUCCAUUCAUCACACCAUUAGCUCAGUUAGCACAAUCUUCUUCACUCAGCAGCAGUUCAUCCUCUGAGAAACCUGUAAACGUUCCACAUUCCGAAUUGUCUGCACUCGAGGUUUGCUUUACUGAAAUUGUAAUGUUAUUUUUGAGCAUUGAGUGGGAUGUUAGUCCUGAAAUAAGACCUGUCAAGAAGCGAAAGUAUUCUAGUCUCCUCAGCACUCUAUUCCAACAAAAUGAUGGUAAUGAGAUUGAAGAUGAGAUGGUUGAACAGAUUUUCUACUUUUUCCAACAUGUAUUUCAUCUCCUCUAUCCCUCUGGGCAAGCUUUGAAAAACGCACUCUCUUGGAAGCAUAAUUUUAUUUCCAUUUUCAAUGAGGAGAUUGAGAAGUGCACCAAUGCUGCUUUAAAACAGAGGCUGAAGAUGUUCUUUACUGCCAAAGAUAUCGAUUGA